ACUUCUGCGCGUUUGGUCACGGAGGACCGCAGGCGGAGAAUGCAGCAGGGACCCUCCGCAUGGUCUGUGUGUCACUGGGCUGGCAAGGCUCGACCCAGGCACCCAGCCUCUUCCCUUAGCUUUUUUUGCCUGCUCUGGGUUAUCACGUUAGUUGUAGGCACCUGUGCGCCCCACAGAUGAGAGGGACUUGGGGGCCCCCACCUUCUAUAGUGGAAUCCAGCAUCGUUCCUCUCUCCCCUGGUCUCAAGCCAAGUCUGCGGUGUCUGUUCUGUAAGGUCCUACGUGGGUCUUGUCGGGUGUGCGCUAGGGACAGGGCAGGGGGACAGCCCCUCCAGGAAGUCCAACUAGAGGAAGGAGGGGAAACUCGGGAAGGCGGGGCUCAGUGCCACGGGGAAGCGGAGACGGCCAGCAGCCCCCAACCUAUAACCCGCCACAGACCCGAGAUCCGACCACUGGCCGUGGUGCCCGGGCACGCUCUCGCGCGGGAUGGCGAACUCCUGCCCGGAUCCUGAAUCAGAGUUAGAAUCGGUGUUCCCUCGGGAAGUCGGGCUCUUCACCGACUCUUACUCGGAAAAGAGCCGGUUCUGCUUCUGUGGGCACGAGCUAAGCAUCACGCAGAACUUUGGGUCCAGUCUCGGGGUGGCGGCAAGCGUAUGGGAUGCGGCUGUAAGUCUGUGCAACUAUUUCGAGAGUCAAAAUGUGGAUUUUCGAGGCAAGAAGGUGAUCGAACUGGGCGCGGGGACGGGCAUCGUGGGAAUCUUGGCAGCGCUGCAGGGGGGGGAUGUUACCAUCACUGACCUUCCUCUGGCUCUAGAACAGAUCCAGGGCAACGUCCACGCUAAUGUGCCAGCUGGAGGCCGGGCCCAGGUCUGCGCCUUGUCCUGGGGGAUUGACCAACAUGUCUUCCCUGGAAACUAUGACUUGGUGCUGGGGUCAGAUAUCGUGUACCUGGAGCCCACCUUCCCACUGCUGCUGGGAACUCUCCAACACCUGUGCGGGCCCCAUGGCACCAUCUAUCUGGCCUCUAAGAUGAGAAAGGAGCAUGGAACAGAGAGCUUCUUUCAACAUCUCCUGCCCCAGCACUUCCAACUGGAGUUGGCCCAGCGGAAUGAGGAUGAGAAUGUCAACAUCUAUAGGGCCAGACACAGGGAAGCGAGACCUGCUUGAUGUUACCCCUUCUGUUUUCAACCCCUUAUCCCAAUGAAGGAACUGCAAAGCUCCAAAGCCUUAUCUCCAAAAGGACCAACAGGAUGUAUUUCCCUGAACUCUCUUUCCUCUUUCCAUCUUUGUUCCCCCAGAUACCCUUGGGCAGAUGCAGGAAGGCACCUAUUUGUUAAGAAUCCUAGAGAGCUCUAAAAAUACAGGUAUUAGAGCACAAAGAAGAGUCCCAGCUCUUAUUUUCAUAGGAGGAGAAUGGGCAGGCAUUCAGGGUGUUUAGGGGUAAGGGAAGUUAAUGGGUAUAACAGCAGUGGUUACAGAGAUUGUCUCAGAGCAAUUCCAUUUGUAAUGUUGUUUCUUU